CAGGAGCAAGCAUCGGCCAUGCUCGAUGUGUCCUUGGAGGUGCUGGCCGCUACGUGUGCGAGGCGCGUGGCCGGGGAUAAGCUCGAGGAGGCCAGCGAGGCGCUGAGGAACGCACAGGAAGCCAGGGCGGACCUGGAACAGAAGGUCAAGGAGUUGAAGGCCCAGAAGUCGCAGUAUCACAAGCAGUUCCUCGCUGAGAAAAGAAAGGCCGAGCACGUGGCGCCGCGGUGGAUCGAUGAUGAUCAGUCCAACCUGACCGAGUUUGGGGAAAAGUACAGCGAGCUGCCCGACAACGUGUUGCAGCUGGAUGCCGUGAUCGAAGACCUGACGGAAGACCUGAGUGGGUCUGUCCACAACCCGCAAGUCAUCAAGAAGUACCAAAAGCUGAAAGAGGAGACAGAAACGGCACGGAAAGCACUGAGCGAGCUGGUCGAGGGCAACCUCAACGCCAACGAGAGGAUGAACAGCAUCAGGACUCCAUGGAAGGAGAAGCUGCAGGACAUGGUGGCCCAGCUGAACGAGCUCUUCAGGGAGUACAUGUCAAAGAUGGACGGGUGCGGUGGCGAGGUUAGGCUGGCUGAGGACGAGUCGUCCUUCAAGAAGUGGGGGAUCGAGAUCAGGGUGCGCUUCCGAUCGGAGGCGGACGGGGGCAAGAUGGCGGUGCUGAACGCACGGGUACACUCGGGGGGCGAGCGGUCCGUGUCUACCAUUCUCUUCCUCAUGGCCCUCCAGGACCUGCAGCACAGCCCGUUCCGUGUGGUGGACGAGAUCAACCAGGGCAUGGACCCCAAGAACGAGAGGCAGGUGUUCAGCCGCAUCGUGCUCAACUCGUGCGGGCCCAGCCGCAAGCAGUACUUCCUCAUCACACCCAAGCUGCUUCAGGGUCUGGUGGCCAUGGACAACGACGACAUCACCGUCAUCGUCAUCAUGAACGGCGUCAACACCAUCAAGGGCACCGAGGAACACUCGAUGCAGAAGUUCAUCGCCGCCAAGAAGCGGCAGCGAGCCCUCAAGGACGGCGACGCGCAGGGCAACGGUCCCCAGCAGCGACGCCGGAUUUCCUAG